GUUUUUGUAGGUACUAUACGUCAGUCAAUCAGUGGAAAGACAUUUGUAAUUUUGGAACCGUAUGAAAUUUGGGAUUCUAGUUGUUACAAACUAACCUCCUUGAAUACCGAGUGCUCUUUGCGUUAUAUGUAUUAUAUAAUAUAGAUAUAACAAUUUGGUCCAAGUAAACACUAUUAUGACGAAUUUUGUUUGUAAACAUUGCGCAAUGGGAUGGGAACAAUAGAAGUCGAGAUAUUCAACAGCAAAUAUCUCCGUGUGUGCGCGAAUACAUUCCCUCAGUCCGUCAGGCGGCUCGGCGAUGCUGAAACUUAACACUGUUGCAGUCUUUUUGAAAUAUUCCACUAAAAAAUCUUACUGUACAGUAACGAUCUUGUUGCUGUUUGUUAUUUACUACGGGAUCAAUAUAAACAAUAUCAAAAAUGAAUAUCGGCUCAAUAUAUUAGAUGGUGAGGAGAUUAUUACGACUACAGAUAGAGUAAAAAAAGAACCCGACGAAUUUUCUGAUAUGCGUUACAUAUUGUUGUGGAGUGAUCCCGAACACUGUCCGUUUAAUUAUUUGGGGGAGGGGCGAGCGACAUUUAAGGAACGAAAUUGUUCGUGGACGAACUGUUAUGUAACCAGCGAUAGGAAUCACUUGGGAGACUACACCGAGUUUGAAGCGGUGGCCUUCAACGGCCCCGAUCUGCCGGACCUGCGCAGCAGGAACGACUUGCCCAAGCGACGCUCGCCGCGACAAAAAUACAUGUACGUAAAUAUCGAGUCAGCGGCUACUUAUCCCGUUUGUACGAAAUCGUGGGAUUUCUAUUUCAAUUGGACGUGGACCUAUCGCUUGGAUUCAGAUCUCGUUUGGAAGUAUUUCGUCAUCAGGAACUCGAGCGAUCACGUGAUCGGUCCGAGCGAAUCCGUCGCAUGGACGCGAGAGGCCGACAUGGAGGACAUCGACGAAGCCUUGAAAGAGAAGUUGAAAAGUAAGAAAAAAGCAGCCGCAUGGUUCGUUUCCAACUGCGACACUCAAAGCCUGAGAGAGGAUGUUGUUAAGCAGAUUCGGGAAUAUACGCGAGCGUUUAAUUUAGUCGUCGAUAUAUAUGGAGAGUGUGGCGAAUUGUCGUGCCCGAAACCGACUAUGAGGGAAUGCUUAAAAAUUCUAGAAAAAAAUUAUUACUUUUACUUUGCAUUUGAAAAUUCAUUGAGUGACGAUUACGUCACUGAAAAAGUUUUACACGCUCUUAACCACAACACUGUGCCUGUAGUGUACGGAGGAGCAGACUAUAAAAGAUUCUUGCCGCCCGGGUCGUACUUGGACGCUCGGGAGCUGGGCCCGCGAAGGUUGGUGGAGACCAUGCGCAACGUGAUCCGCAGCCCCGACGCUUACCACAGCUUCUUCCGCUGGAAGCAGUUGUACCGAUUCGAGCAGAGCGACGCCCGCGCGGCCACCGACGUGCGCUGCGAGCUGUGCGCCGCGCUCAACGGGGCGGGCGAGCGACGGCGCGGCGCCUACGCGCGCUUCCAGCAGUGGUGGACGCCGCACACCUCGUGUCGAAACGUGUUCGUUGUCAAGAUUCAUUGA